AUCAUGACUCACUUUUCACUCUCUGAAUAAGCCUUCGCGGGUUCUACUAUUUUCGAGCGCAAUUUUUUCUCAAUUUCUUGAAGAAACCAUCAAUCGACACAAUAAUGAAUGGAAAUUCUCAAAACAAUUAUAGAGGUGUCUGGAAUAAUAAUAAUAUGCCAUCCACUGCUUUUAGUCCUGGACUAAUUCCUCAAAGUAGUGGUCCUCACGCCUUUGCUGAUAACCGGCACAUACCGCAUCAAGUGCCGACAUACUAUGCUGAUAACCGACAGAUACCACAUCAAAUACCGACAUACUAUUCUGAUAACCGGCAGAUACCACCGACAUGUCAUGUUGGUAACAUGCACUUAUCACAACAUCCAACACCCACACACUAUGCUGACAAUAGGCCCUUACUACCUACUCCAAUGCCGACACACUAUGCUAAUAUUAGGCACUUGCAAAAUCAAAUGCCGGCACACUACACUGAUAAUAGGUACUUGCCUCAUCCAAUGCCGGUACACUAUGCUGAUAAUAGGCACUUGUUGCAUCCAACGCCGCCAUACUAUGCUGAUAAUAGACACUUUCCGCGUCCAACGCCGGCUGAUGAGAGGCAGUUGCCACAUCAAACGGUGGUACACAGUACAGAUAGCAAGCACUUGCCACAUCAAACGGUGGUACACAGUACAUAUAACAAGCACUUGCCACAUCAAACUGUGGUACACAGUACAGAUAACAAGCACUUGCCACAUCAAACUGCCGUACAAUAUGAAGAUAAAAUGUGCUUGCCGCAUCAAAUGACAAAAGAAUUGGCUGAUAAAAUGCACUUACCGAAUCAAAAUCCAGAAGACUGUGCUGCUAACAAGUGCUUACCACAUAAAACACCAGAUCACAAUGCUGAUAAGAGGCAGUUACCUCAACAAACGUCAGAAGCCUAUGCCGAUAAGAGUACGUUACCUCAACAAACGUCAGAACACUCUGCUGAUAUGAACUUAUCUCAACAAACACCUAAAGACUCUGCUGAUAUGAACUUAUCUCAACAAACACUUAAAGACUCUGCUGAUAAGUGCUUACCACAUAAAACACCAGAUCAACAAACGUCAGAAGCCUAUGCCGAUAAGAGGCAGUUACCUCAACAAACGUCAGAACACUCUGCUGAUAUGAACUUAUCUCAACAAACACCUAAAGACUCUGCUGAUAAGAAGUGCUUACCACAUAAAACAAAGAGGCAGUUACCUCAACAAAUGUCUGAAGCCCAUGCCGAUAAGAGGCAGUUACCUCAUCAAACAUCAGAACACUCUGCUGAUAAGAAGUGCUUACCACAUAACACACCAGAUCACAAUGCUGAUAAGAGGCAGUUACGUCAACAAACGUCUGAAGCCUAUGCCGAUAAGAGGCAGUUACCUCAACAAACGUCAGAACACUCUGCUGAUAAGAACUUAUCUCAACAAACACCUAAAGACUCUGCUGAUAAGAAGUGCUUACCACAUAAAACACCAGAUCACAAUGCUGAUAAGAGGCAGUUACGUCAACAAAUGUCUGGAGCCCAUGCCGAUAAGAGGCAGUUACCUCAUCAAACGUCAGAACACACUGCUGAUAAGAACUUAUCUCAACAAACACCUAAAGACUCUGCUGAUAAGAAGUGCUUACCACAUAAAACACCAGAUCACAAUGCUGAUAAGAGGCAGUUACGUCAACAAAUGUCUGAAGCCCAUGCCGAUAAGAGGCAGUUACCUCAUCAAACGUCAGAACACACUGCUGAUAAGAACUUAUCUCAACAAACACCUAAAGACUCUGCUGAUAAGAAGUGCUUACCACAUAAAACACCAGAUCGCAAUGCUGAUAAGAGGCAGUUACGUCAACAAAUGUCUGAAGCCUAUGCGGAUAAGAGGCAGUUACCUCAUCAAACGUCAGAACACUCUGCUGAUAAGAACUUAUCUCAACAAACACCUAAAGACUCUGCUGAUAAGAAGUGCUUACCACAACAAACACCUGAAGACUCUGCUAAUAAUAAGUGCUUACCACUGCUCUUACAAUGUGAAAUUUGUGAUCUUAAGUUGAGUCCCAAGUGUAUGGAAUUUCAUAAGAAAGGAAGGAAACAUCGAAGAAGGUUGUUGGAACUACACGAACAAUCAACGGAACAUAAAACUUCAAGUGGAAAAGAGAUUAGACCUAAUCGAAGUUCUCAAACUAGUAAUAAGAGAUUACAAACUUCAAGUGCAGAAAAGAUUAGACCUAAUCGAAGUUCUCAAACUAGUAAUAAGAGAUUACCACCGAUUGUACGUUGUGAAAUUUGUGAUAUUCAGAUAGGCGUAGGCCCCAAGUGUUUGAGAACUCAUAAUAAGGGACGUAAACAUAGAAGGUUUUUAGAACUGCGUGUGAAAUCAAUGAAACAUAAAGAUUCAAAUGGAGAAGAGAUUAGCCAUAUUCGAAGUUCUCAAAUUAAUCCAGUAGUUCAACCUAAGAAAGUUCCAACUGAUGUUUCUAAAAGGAAACUCUCGGAUGACACUGGUGCAAAGGAUCGUGGUUUCAAGGUAGAGAAUGUGAAAAAUGAAACUUCUAGUUUCAAGAAAAAGAAUGUUCCAGCUGAAAUGUCUAAAAGGAAAGUCACGGAUAACACCGAUGCAAAGGAUCAUGGUUUCAAACACGACAUUGAAGGAGCAACAGGAGGUAAGUACAUGAAGAUGAAUAAUGGGAUAAGAAGGUCUUUAAAAAAUGAUCAGCCACAGUCAACUCCAGUUGAGUUGAAGGCCUCGGCAGGCUCUACUAUUAUUGCCGAAAAAGAAUAUAUAAGUUGUGAUUUUGCUGCAACAGUAAUACCACAAGGUCCUGUGGCUUCUCAUGCAUUCACACCACCACCACCAACAGAAGAAUCAAGUUUUGAACCCAAAAAUCAUAUUGAUUUAACAGAAGCCGAAGAACAUCACAAGGUUCAGAAAUGUGGUGUGGAAACAAAUGAUGAGCCGCAAACAAUCUCAAUGAAGCUACAAGCCCUUGAUGGUUGUAAUAUUAGCUCAGUGGCUGAAGAUAAUUCUUCUGACUCUGAUGUAAUAGUAAUAGCACAACCACAAGGACACAUGACUUCUCAGGUACUAACACCAUCACCAGCAGCGGGGUCAAGUUUUGAACAUCCAAUUCAAAUCGAUUCUCAGAUCGAAGUAGAAGAAGGCCCAGAACUCCACGAGGUUCAAAAUCAUAGUGUGGAAACAAAUGAUCAACCACACUCAAUAUCAAUGGAGUUCCAUGCCAUUGCAGGUUCUGAUAUUAAUACCUCGACCGGAGGUACAUGUUCUGAUUCGGGUGCAAUCUUAAUAGCAUCACCACCAUCUAAUAUUGCUUAUGAGGUAUCCACACCAGUAGCAGUUAUUCAAACCGGAAUGUCAGAUAGCAAUAAUGAGAUUCAAAAUCCUAUUGUUGAUUCAAAUAAUCAGCACCGUUCAAUCUCAAUGGAGUUGCACGACGUCGCCGGUUCCAUGACAAACAACCAAACAGAUGUUGUGAAUUCUGAUUCUACAGCGAGAGAAAUUUAUAAAGAACCACUUGCAUCCCUACUGCCAGAUGCAGUUGGGUUAAGUUUUGAGCCUGUAACUGAACAUGGUCUAGAUACUGAAACAGAACCUAAUGUGUCGGAAGCCAUAUUAUAUAGUGAGAGCCAACAUCCUGCUGAGGAAACAGAUAUUGAACUGCUACCACCUGUCUUAAUGGAGAUUGAUGUCCCUUUAGAGGUCGGUGCUGAAACCAAAACUGAAGAUGGAAAUUCUCAAGCCGAAAUGAAGAUGGAUGUCGAUCUUUCCCCUGAAUCAGGAAAAACUAAGUUGCUUAAGGUAUCUGUUUGUCUUACGUGUGGCGAUGAAGGCUUUGAAGAGGCAAUAGUAUAUUGCAGUAAAUGUGGAGAUUAUGCAAUGCAUAGAUAUUGUUUAGUCGGUCCCGUGGUUUUUACCGACAAGGUUACUUGGUUUUGUAUGGAUUGUGAAGAAGUGGUAGUAGAAGCAGAUCAUCCUAACAGUGAGACUCCAGAAUCAGAAAAAGAUGAAGUUGUUUUUGAUCCGCAGCCUAUUGCUGAUCCAAGCUGGAGGGGAGGUUUACAGGUUUUCAACAAAAGCUUUGAUAAAAUCAGGGGACUAAUGGGACAUUUGUCCACAUUAGCUUGCCCUAAAGUUCUUGAGGAGGCAAGUCAUCUCCCUGAUGUGCUUUAUGCAAACUUGCUUCAAAGAUCAGCUGUGUGGCCAGAGAGUUUCAAGAAAUUUGGAACAAAUAAUCAGAGUAUUGGCCUCUAUUUCUUUCCUGAGAAUGAAAGAGUUAAGAGAUAUUAUGACCAGCUAGUUGAUGAAAUGAUCUCCAAAGAUCUUGCCAUCAGAGUCAUGGUUGAAAAAACUGAGCUUUUAAUUUUUUCUUCUACAUUGCUCCCAAGACAAUACAAGAGAUUUCAUUCAAAAUAUUAUUUAUGGGGUACUUUUAAAAGAAAGCAAGUCUCAAGCACCAUGAAAGAUACAUGAACCUGGUUAUGGAAAUGAUGUUCAUGUCUUACUAGAUAAUAGUCUUAUUUGUUAUCAAUAAUUAAAGUUGUCAAAAUGGAUUAGCUUAUAUGGGCCGGCCCGCCAGAUCCUGAGUCUGUAAAUUAGAGCCCAUAUUUUUUAGGGUUUUUUAGCCUAAUCCUGAAAAGCCCGCUACCCAUUAGGGCUAAUUCAUAUGGAUUGUGGGUAGCCUAUUAGGCCCGCAUAAUCUCUCACCUCACUAAAUUUUAUAUCAUUCUAUUCAAUCUUUUUCCUUUAAAUAUUAUAUAUUAAUAUAAUUGAUAUUCUUUCAUUUUAUUA